AAAUGGACCCGUCCCGGAUGCCGUACUAAACCCGGACAGGAUGUGGCUUUGAAUUAUGUUACCAGAAUGUGUUAGCUAAGGACAACGACUUGUAAGCAUAAUGACAAAAACAUGUUCCCCCAAGAAAAAAUAGCUUUUGUAUCAAAGUAGAGGAUCGUGGCGGGGAUGUGGCUACGUUAUGGGAAACGUUUUCGGGAGAAAGAGUCGCCCUUCUCGAGUUACAGAACAAGACCGAGCGAUUCUGCAACUGAAACAGCAGAGAGAUAAACUGAAGCACUACCAGAAGAGAGUCACCCUGCAGCUGGAGAAGGAGAGGAGUCUGGCCAAGCAGCUGCUGAAGGAUGGAAAGAAAGAGAAGGCACUGGUUCUUCUCAAGAAGAAGCGUUAUCAGGAUCAACUGCUAGACAAGACUGAGAACCAGAUAUCAAACCUGGAACGCAUGGUUCAAGACAUUGAGUUUGUCCAGAUCGAGAUGAAAGUCAUUGAGGGGCUAAAGGUUGGAAAUGACUGUCUGAAGAGUAUGCAUGAGGCCAUGUCACUAGAGGACGUGGAGAGGAUCAUGGAUGAGACCCAGGAUGCUAUAGAAUACCAGAGGCAAAUAGAUGAGCUGCUGUCAGGCUCCCUGACUCAGGAGGAUGAGGAUGCUGUGCUAUCUGAGCUGGAGGCUAUCACUCAGGGAGAAGAUGUAGAACUUCCAGAGGUCCCCACUGAGCCUCUACCAGAGGUCCCAGAACCAGCUGAGACCGAGCCAGGUAACGAGAGAAGACCAGCAAGGAACAAGGAGAACAGAGAGAUGCUGGCAGCGUAGAGACAAGACUCAACAAUAUCAACAGUAGCUGUGGAUGGAGCUAGUCCAACUGACUCAAUAACAACAACAGUAGCUGUGGAUGUAGCUAGUCCAACUGACUCAACAAUAUCAACAGUAGCUGUGGAUGGAGCUAGUCCAACUGACUCAAUAACAGUAGCUGUGGAUGUAGCUAGUCCAACUGACUCAAUAACAACAACAGUAGCUGUGGAUGGAGCUAGUCCAACUGACUCAAUAACAGUAGCUGUGGAAGUAGCUAGUCCAACUGACUCAAUAACAACAACAGUAGCUGUGGAUGGAGCUAGUCCAACUGACUCAAUAACAACAACAGUAGCUGUGGAUGUAGCUAGUCCAACUGACUCAACAACAGUAGCUGUGGAUGGAGCUAGUCCAACUGACUCAACAACAGUAGCUGUGGAUGUAGCUAGUCCAACUGACUCAACAAUAUCAACAGUAGCUGUGGAUGGAGCUAGUCCAACUGACUCAAUAACAGUAGCUGUGGAAGUAGCUAGUCCAACUGACUCAAUAACAACAACAGUAGCUGUGGAUGGAGCUAGUCCAACUGACUCAACAACAGUAGCUGUGGAUGGAGUUAGUCCAACUGACUCAACAACAACAAUAUCAACAGUAGCUGUGGAUGGAGCUAGUCCAACUGACUCAAUAACAGCAAUACCAACAGUAGCUGUGGAUGGAGCUAGUCCAACUGACUCAACAACAAUAUCAACAGUAGCUGUGGAUGGAGCUAGUCCAACUGACUCAAUAACAGUAGCAGCUGUGGAUGGAUCUAGUCCAACUGACUCAAUAACAACAACAGUAGCUGUGGAUGUAGCUAGUCCAACUGACUCAACAACAGUAGCUGUGGAUGGAGCUAGUCCAACUGACUCAACAACAGUAGCUGUGGAUGUAGCUAGUCCAACUGACUCAACAAUAUCAACAGUAGCUGUGGAUGGAGCUAGUCCAACUGACUCAAUAACAGUAGCUGUGGAAGUAGCUAGUCCAACUGACUCAAUAACAACAACAGUAGCUGUGGAUGGAGCUAGUCCAACUGACUCAACAACAGUAGCUGUGGAUGGAGCUAGUCCAACUGACUCAAUAACAGCAAUAUCAACAGUAGCUAUGGAUGGAGCUAGUCCAACUGACUCAACAACAACAAUAUCAACAGUAGCUGUGGAUGGAGCUAGUCCAACUGACUCAAUAACAGCAAUACCAACAGUAGCUGUGGAUGGAGCUAGUCCAACUGACUCAACAACAAUAUCAACAGUAGCUGUGGAUGGAGCUAGUCCAACUGACUCAAUAACAGUAGCAGCUGUGGAUGGAUCUAGUCCAACUGACUCAACAACAACAAUAUCAACAGUAGCUGUGGAUGGAGCUAGUCCAGCUGACUCAAUAACAGUAGCUGUGGAUGUAGCUAGUCCAACUGACUCAAUAACAACAACAGUAGCUGUGGAUGGAGCUAGUCCAACUGACUCAACAACAGUAGCUGUGGAUGGAGUUAGUCCAACUGACUCAACAACAACAACAGUAGCAACAGUAGCUAUGGAUGGAGCUAGUCCAACUGACUCAAUAACAACAACAGUAGCAACAGUAGCUAUGGAUGGAGCUAGUCUAACUGACUCAAUAACAACAACAGUAGCAACAGUAGCUAUGGAUGGAGCUAGUCCAACUGACUCAAUAACAACAACAGUAGCAGCAGUAGCUAUGGAUGGAGCUAGUCCAACUAACUCAACAACAACAUCAACAGUAGCUAUGGAUGGAGCUAGUCCAACUGACUCAAUAACAACAACAUCAACAGUAGCUAUGGAUGGAGCUAGUCCAACUGACUCAAUAACAACAACAUCAACAGUAGCUAUGGAUGGAGCUAGUCCAACUGACUCAAUAACAACAACAUCAACAGUAGCUAUGGAUGGAGCUAGUCCAACUGACUCAACAACAAUAUCAACAGUAGCUGUGGAUGGAGCUAGUCCAACUGACUCAAUAACAGUAGCAGCUGUGGAUGGAUCUAGUCCAACUGACUCAAUAACAACAACAGUAGCUGUGGAUGGAGCUAGUCCAACUGACUCAACAAUAUCAACAGUAGCUGUGGAUGGAGCUAGUCCAACUGACUCAAUAACAGUAGCUGUGGAAGUAGCUAGUCCAACUGACUCAAUAACAACAACAGUAGCUGUGGAUGGAGCUAGUCCAACUGACUCAACAACAGUAGCUGUGGAUGGAGCUAGUCCAACUGACUCAAUAACAGCAAUAUCAACAGUAGCUAUGGAUGGAGCUAGUCCAACUGACUCAACAACAACAAUAUCAACAGUAGCUGUGGAUGGAGCUAGUCCAACUGACUCAAUAACAGCAAUACCAACAGUAGCUGUGGAUGGAGCUAGUCCAACUGACUCAACAACAAUAUCAACAGUAGCUGUGGAUGGAGCUAGUCCAGCUGACUCAAUAACAGUAGCUGUGGAUGUAGCUAGUCCAACUGACUCAAUAACAACAACAGUAGCUGUGGAUGGAGCUAGUCCAACUGACUCAACAACAGUAGCUGUGGAUGGAGUUAGUCCAACUGACUCAACAACAACAACAGUAGCAACAGUAGCUAUGGAUGGAGCUAGUCCAACUGACUCAAUAACAACAACAGUAGCAACAGUAGCUAUGGAUGGAGCUAGUCUAACUGACUC